GCUGUCAUAGUUAUUUGUAAAACUGGCAGAAUGGAACGUCCUCGUAAAUUACUACGAACGGAAGAAUCCUAUUCGCAAUGCAUAGAAGCGAUUAAAAGCUCUAUGCAGGCGUUUCAACGAGAAUUCAGUUUAGCUAAACAUUUGCUCGGCGAUCAAAGGAGAGAUAUACUUAAACGAAUGAGCAAACUGGGUAACACAAAUGAAUCGGAGGAUUUGGAGUACACACAAAAUUUUUACGAGUACACGGUGAAAGAACUCAUGAAUUUAGAACGAGCUUGCGAGGAACAUCUGUUACGGUUAAAAAUUGGCCUGUUAACUGCAGGCAAAAGCCGCAUGCAACCGCCGUCUCAUUUCUCUUUGCGAAACUUGAGAAAAGUUUGCAGAAACUUGCCUGGGAGUGAUUCGUACGACGAAACGAACAAUGAAACUCCUUGUCGCCGCGUUUGGGAAAAUGUACCAAAAUGGAGACUGGAAAAUACUCGAAACAUUUUAGUCAACCCAAAGGAGGUUCCGUGCACGGAACACGACGAGUCUGACAUAAAAUUUAUGCAGGACAUGAUCCACCUCAGAACAAAGAUGUUCUCCCUAGCUAGAAAGUCAAACAAUCAGGAAGAGGAUUCGACUGCCGCUUAUGAUGUCACAAAUCGUCGGGUAACGAUUAAACAAUCGAAGAUUGACACUUUCAAUGAGAUUUAUAAAGAACGAAAUUCGUUUGAUUUGUUUCAUAUGGAACGCGAAUUAUCGAAAAUUAGUAAUUUAAAAUUUACCGAUGGAAAAUUCGUAGAUUGCAAUAUUUGGAUGAAAACGUUGGAUCUAUACGGUAAUCAAUGUGGAUCUAAAUGGUAUUUAGUCUUGUGUCCACAAAUAGAAAAAAUUUUAACAAAGCGAUAUAUAACAACGCUACACCUCAAUCCAAGUGCUACUUUUGCUUUUCUAUCGAGGAUUCCGGAAAAUGGAGCGAAUUUCGUUCUGUUUAGGAAAGAUUUAAUUUCUUUGUUACAAAAUGCUGAAGAACGUCCUUGGUUGAAAUCCUGGAGACUGCAGUUUCAAACGACUUAUGGGAAACACAUAGCUGCAACUCUGAUACAAGCCUGGUACCGUGGUUAUCUGCUACGUAAAAGGAAAACCGAAUCGGAGUAUCUUUAUAUAGCCGCUAAUGUGUUGUGGUUGUGCUGGCUGUCGCGUAAAAAGAAGAUGGAGAUAUACGAGCGUUAUCUGACGAAAAUGUUAACGUCCCUGCAAACAACUCGGGAGCUGUCUCUGAAAUUAAGUAAAGAAUUCACUUCGAUUGUUCAGAAACCACACGUGGUUCUGCAUUUAACGUCUCUCGGCUUCCCCGUGGACCUACGUCGAAUGUAUCAGCCAAAAAAAUUUGCCGUGUUGCAAAACAUGUGCAUCCUGAGAAUCUGUUUCGUUAGAAACCCAAACUCCGAAGUGAUUUACAUCUUACCCACGAAACCGACUCAAGACCUGUUCGUCAUGUACAGCGAUUUCAUAGAGUCCAUAUCUUCGGAAGAGGACGUAGCCAAACGCAUCAGUUUCAUAGCCCUCUCCGAAGCAGAUACCUUCAAACGAUGCCCGUUAAAUCUCUCCAGGGUUUUACACUGUUCCGAAGAAUCCCUCAACGAGAUUAGGAAGAAGAUCGCUGGCAAACAUGCUUAUUUCUUACCGUGGGUCGUCGACGAAUGCGACAUGCGAUUAGUUGGAAAUCUCGGUGUCGCUCUGCUGGGCCCAGACAUGAAGCUUCAAAGUAAAUUCUUAAACAAAUCCAACAUGUCAGCCAUGAUCGCGGGCCUCGAACUGUUGCAGCCACCUUAUCACUGCAAUAUAAACAGCUACGAGACUCUUUGCGCCGCUCUGGCUAAGAUGAUCAUCAGUCACACGGACAUCUGCGUGUGGUUGUUCAAAUUGAAUUUCGGCUCGAGUACCGAGCAUCGCGGAAUAUUUCUUAUCAAUCACAUCAGCAUCCCGUUCAUGCCAGCUAUACGGAAAGAGCGGGAAAGAUUCGGGGAUGAAUGGGGAGCGAAUUGCGCAGUGCGGAACACGUUUCUCGCUACGUUACAGGAACAGCUGCCGAAGGUUGUUUCCGGCGUUACUCGGUUGUCGAGGUUCUAUGAUUCUUGGAAGGAGUUUUAUGCACAUUUACAGAAAUUCGGAUGUUUGUUGCAAGCUGCGCCGAUCAAGAAGGACGCGAAAAACGUUGCCGUCAGUCUGUUCAUUCCGAAAAAAGGGACUAAGGAGAGAAUAAAGUGGCUGGGAACUGCUGACAUAGUGCGUUUGGAUCUCUGCACCGUUUCGACUAAUAUCUUUAUGAUGCCUCAAACGUCAUUAAACAACAGCGAACUUGAGCCAGUAAUAAACAAAUUUGCUAGAGGGAUGCAAAACGAAGGUUACUUCGGUUAUUUAACCGUGGAUUGUUAUUGCUAUGUGGAUAAACAAAAAGAGAAAUUGAUCAUCAUGUUGCAACAUGUACGUCCAUGUUAUUCCCACUCUCAGAGUUACAUGGAUUGGAUGAAGUUUGCAAUCGGAGGAACUUACCAUUUAGAUAAAAACCAUUUCAACGCUCAUGUUCCAUUAGACAUUCGAGUACACAGAAGAUUGUCUGGGGACGAUGUGCCAAAAAAAACGCCCAAAUGGAACGAAACUAAGGAAAGAUACGGAAUCGCUAUUUGUCAAUUGUACAAUACAGGAUUCGCUGUACAUUCGUGGGCAAAACUGAAGAACCUGUUUAAAACAUGCGGAAUCGAGUACAGUUCUGAAAGGAAGGAGGGUUUAAGCAUAUUAUUGCACGAUGGCGAAAUCAGAAGUCAGGGUUUAAUGGUAGCCGUUAGCUCGUCUAUGACCACGACGAUAUCCAUGAUGUAUAAUACGUUAACAGUGCUGCACAAGGCUCUUGCGAAGACGGUAAAGAAAUUAGAAACGAAUAUGUCAGAUCUAACAGAUUUUUUACUGAAAUUAUCUCUUGACUAUCAGAAUUUAGCUACUGAUCCAUGCAUAUAA